GAGCGAGAUGUUCUGUAAGAUAAAGAUGGAUCGGUGUGACUACCGAAGGGGGUCUCCCACUUGUUAAUGACCCGGGAACACUGCUGCCUCCUGAGCCUUCUCUGGUUUCCUCCAUUUUUCUCUUCCUCUGUUCUGUUCAUGAGCUGGCACAUCACUACUUAGAGCAGAAGAUAUGCUGGGCUUCUGAUGAUGGCUGCACUGCAUGCAGCAGCGUGCAGGGUCAAAGACAGCCGGCCCCCCAUGUCAGUGGUCUAGGAUGGCCAGUGAAGGCGCCAGCAUCCCAAGCCCCGUCGUGCGCCAGAUUGACAAGCAGUUUCUGAUUUGCAGUAUAUGCCUGGAACGGUACAAGAAUCCCAAGGUUCUCCCCUGUCUGCAUACUUUCUGCGAAAGGUGCCUGCAGAACUACAUUCCCGCCCACAGUUUAACCCUCUCCUGCCCAGUGUGCCGCCAGACCUCCAUCCUGCCCGAGAAAGGGGUGGCCGCGCUCCAGAACAACUUCUUCAUCACAAACCUGAUGGACGUGCUGCAGCGAACGCCAGGCAGCAACGUCGAGGAGUCGUCCAUCCUGGAGACGGUCACCGCUGUGGCUGCGGGAAAGCCUCUCUCUUGCCCAAACCACGAUGGCAGUGUGAUGGAAUUCUACUGCCAGUCCUGUGAGACCGCCAUGUGUCGGGAGUGCACGGAGGGGGAGCACGCGGAGCACCCCACAGUCCCACUCAAGGACGUGGUGGAGCAGCACAAGGCCUCCCUCCAGGUCCAGCUGGAUGCUGUCAACAAAAGGCUCCCGGAAAUUGAUUCUGCUCUCCAGUUCAUCUCGGAAAUCAUUCAUCAGUUAACCAACCAGAAGGCCAGCAUCGUAGAUGACAUCCAUUCCACCUUCGAUGAGCUCCAGAAGACUCUGAACGUGCGCAAGAGCGUGCUGCUUAUGGAGCUGGAAGUCAACUAUGGCCUCAAACAUAAAGUGCUGCAGUCCCAGCUGGACACCCUGCUCCAGGGCCAGGAGAGCAUCAAGAGCUGCAGCAACUUCACGGCGCAGGCGCUGCACCACGGCACGGAGACCGAGGUGCUGCUGGUGAAGAAGCAGAUGAGCGAGAAGCUGAACGAGCUGGCCGACCAGGACUUCCCGCUGCACCCGCGCGAGAACGACCAGCUGGACUUCAUCGUGGAGACCGAGGGCCUGAAGAAAUCCAUCCACAACCUGGGCAGCAUCCUCACCACCAACGCCGUGGCCUCCGAGACGGUGGCCACGGGCGAGGGCCUGCGGCAGACCAUCAUCGGGCAGCCCAUGUCCGUCACCAUAACGACCAAGGACAAGGACGGCGAGCUGUGCAAGACCGGCAACGCCUACCUGACGGCCGAGCUGAGCACGCCCGACGGCAGCGUGGCAGACGGCGAGAUCCUGGACAACAAGAACGGCACGUACGAGUUCCUCUACACCGUGCAGAAGGAGGGCGACUUCACGCUGUCGCUGCGGCUCUACGACCAGCACAUCCGCGGCAGCCCCUUCAAGCUGAAGGUGAUCCGCUCGGCCGACGUGUCGCCCACCACCGAGGGCGUCAAGCGUCGCGUCAAGUCCCCCGGCAGCGGCCACGUCAAGCAGAAGGCGGUGAAGAGGCCGGCGAGCAUGUACAGCACCGGCAAGCGAAAAGAGAACCCCAUCGAGGACGACCUCAUCUUCCGCGUGGGCACCAAAGGAAGAAAUAAAGGAGAGUUUACAAAUCUUCAGGGGGUAGCUGCGUCUACAAGUGGAAAGAUUUUAAUUGCAGACAGCAACAACCAAUGUGUACAGAUAUUUUCCAACGAUGGCCAGUUCAAAAGUCGUUUUGGCAUACGAGGCCGCUCUCCCGGGCAACUGCAGCGGCCCACGGGGGUCGCCGUGCACCCCAGUGGGGACAUCAUCAUUGCCGACUAUGAUAAUAAAUGGGUUAGCAUUUUCUCUUCAGAUGGGAAGUUCAAGACAAAAAUUGGAUCAGGAAAGCUGAUGGGGCCCAAAGGAGUUUCUGUGGACCGCAACGGGCACAUCAUUGUGGUGGACAACAAGGCGUGCUGCGUGUUUAUCUUCCAGCCAAACGGAAAAAUAGUCACCAGGUUUGGUAGCCGAGGAAAUGGGGACAGGCAGUUUGCAGGUCCCCAUUUUGCAGCUGUAAAUAGCAAUAAUGAGAUUAUUGUUACAGAUUUCCAUAAUCAUUCCGUCAAGGUGUUCAAUCAGGAAGGAGAAUUCAUGUUGAAAUUUGGCUCAAAUGGAGAAGGAAAUGGGCAGUUUAAUGCCCCAACAGGCGUGGCAGUGGAUUCAAACGGGAACAUCAUUGUGGCAGACUGGGGAAACAGCAGGAUCCAGGUUUUUGAUGGAAGCGGAUCAUUUUUGUCUUACAUUAACACAUCUGCUGACCCCCUCUAUGGCCCCCAAGGCCUGGCCCUGACCUCAGAUGGCCAUGUUGUGGUUGCAGACUCUGGAAAUCACUGUUUCAAGGUCUAUCGAUACUUACAGUAACCAUGGGCAGCUGGACACCCCCUUCCCAAGGUCUUGCACUACAAACUGGAAUGGAUUUCUCCACGGGGGACCAGAUCAUGACUGGACUUCAUGUCAGAGAGAAUCGAUGGCGAACUUUCCAAGGUUAUUUCUGAAUGUAACAGUUUCCUUAAAAACUGCUUAUCCAAUUUCCGUAAUUCACCUUUAGGGUUUGAAAAAGAAAAAAAAUCUCUUCUACUGAAUCUGUAAAAACUGCAAAGUUUUACACCUGUGAACUAUGGCUUAUAGGACAGGGAUUUAUGUAGUUAAACUGAUUUUGCAAAUCAUGCAAGCAUUAAAAAAAAACACAAAAACUAGACUACAUAAAGGUAUUUAUUAAUCCUGUGAAUGGUAGCUUUUGCACAGAGCUUCCAGAAACAAAACAAUGACAAAACCUGUUGUCGUUAUAUUCUUUAUUGAGCCUAGGUCACAGGACCUGGGGAAUGUUCUAACCUCACUUUUACAGGAGGUAUUACUCUUGUGGCAUUUUUUGGUUAUCAACAGCUCCACAUAAAUUAUUUUAGAAAAAAAAUAAGACAGUCUUGCAAAAUCAUCCUAGCUUGAUCAGCUGGCCUCUUGAGUUUAGCACUUAAGAAUCAAUGCAAAUUUCCCUAUCUUUCUGGGUUAGAUCAAAGAUCCUUUGUGUGUGUUCUUUCCACCUUCUCAUUCCUGCUCACAGAAAACCAAGUACAUUUCCAGGGAAGCCUGAAAUUCCUCGUGCUUUGAGAAGCAUAUUCCAAAAGUGAUUCUACCUUUUGGUGAACAGACAGCCUUGUCAUCUCCAGAUGGCUGCACUGGAGUGCAAUCAUGAAAAAGUCACAUUUUGUGUGCCAUGUUUGCACAUGUGUCUUUCCUCUCCCACUUCACGAAAGCGAAAGCUUUACCUCUUGCAAAACAUCAGCACAUGUGAUAGGACACCAGGAUCCUAGGACAGAGAGCCAUAAGUAGCCCUUUGGAGGACUGAUGGUGUCAACCAAAGGCAUGUGAUUGAUGGAUUAAUGAUUCCCCCCUUAGAAAGCAAGUGUUACCAAAGUUGUGUUAUCUUGAGAGCAUUACAGGUAAGGGCAUGUUAUGGUUAUUUAUCAUUGUUUAAUGACUAGUAGAGGUGUUAAGGGACUAUGUAUAUGCGAUUAGGGUAAGAUAGAAUGUACAAUAUAUACACAUAUAUAUUAUAGCUGAGUCUUUGGUGUAUUGAGAUAGGCAGCACUCUGAAAGACAGAGGCAUCGUCCAGCCAUUCUUCACAUUCCUUCACUGUGCAGUUGAAAACCGUCCUAGAGCCAACCCUCAAGCAGAUUUCAUUCUUGCCAUUUUCUAGGAGUGAUGGUGGUGGCUGACUUUGAGUCAGAAAAUAGCCUUCUGUGCUUUCUAAGCAAAAAAGAAAAAAAAAAAAGGCAGGAAGGCAGGUCAAAAGAAAAGUGGAACUUGAGUUACAUUGAAUUUAAAAUUAAGUAUAAGUGCAUUUUGGGAAAUUGUUAAUCAAUUGUUAAUCUGUCAUUGAUACUGUAAAAUAAGAUGCAGUCUGUUUCCACUGUUUAAUUUGUUUAACUCAGUUCUACCAAAAAGAUGUUGUGUUUGGCAUUUUUGAUAAUGACUUUAGGAACUUUUUCACUGGAAGCACCUUAGAACUGUACUAUAAGAAAACAUUUCCCAUAUGUAUGAUUAUUUGAAUGUGAUGUCUCUUGCUUAUUAAUUUAGACUUCAUUCUCUCUAUAGGACUUUUACAAUUUAGAAGGGAAUCUAGCUACUUCCAGUUGUCUAUUACAUUUAAAACCAACCAUUGAGGGGAAAACGUUUUCUUGGGAAGAUUUUCAUUUAGGGUCAGUGGUUUGUUUUUCUAGCUAGGUAGAGUUUUUAAUAUGUUUGAGCCUGUUUGAGAUAAGCCUGUCAAAUCCAGUAACAUUUUUUAAAAUGUUAAACCAAGAUACUGUUUCCUAACAUCAGUGAAAUAAGCCUUUCUAUUUAACCACUCAUAUUUUCUGAGUGCCUGCUAGGUUCCAGGCACUGGGAAUACUGUAAUGAAACAGACAGAAAUCCCUACCCUUGUGCAGCUUACAUUCUGGGAGGUAAAGUAUUUUUCCAUUGACUAACACUUUGCCUGGAAGAUAGGCUAGACUGUUGAUAGUUCCUGGUUAUACUCUAAAAAGAAAACUUUCUAAGUUAUUCAAAUUAAUUUUAGUCUAUUUUCACAAGUAAAAAAUGGCUUCCUAUUUUAAUUCUGUCACAGGCCAGUGACCUUAAAAUUAGCUUACUCUAAGAGGAUUUUUGCACAUUUGUAUCUGUGAACUUAGAAACUGACUUAUAAAUGAACCAGCCGCCAUGUCAUGUCUGUCCAGGCUAGACUGGACACAAUGCUCAUUGUUUUUCAUGUCCAUACUGACACAGUCUGGAAUGAAACAGGACAGCCUUUGGUUUGGACCUGUUCCAUUGUCCAGAGCUGAAACAUGUCCUGUGGGCACUCCAGGAAACUCUGACUUUGGUCCCCCAAAAUAUGUACUCAUAUGUGUUAACAUACAGAGAACAUGUCGCACUUGGAUAUACAUGUGCAUUUACUAUAUUUCUUGGUAAGCAUAUUUUGGGGGACAGUGCUGCUUAUGAGAUACAAAUAGACAAGGUUUAAAUGAAAUUCUGUCACAUUCUAUGGAAGAUGGUUUCUGGUAAAGUGAGAAGGAUAUUAAAAUAAGUGGCAUUUUUUUUCUAGACUACCAUAUUUGUUUGAUUUCGCAUUGUCAGGUGUAUAGAAUCUGUCAUACGUUCAUGAUAAGUAGCUCUGAAAGGUUCAGAUUUCCCCUGGGCACUUACGGCAAACCAUUGCCAGUUAGGGUUGCAAGGUCAGUGAUGACGCAGUCCGUCCUGGGACAGCCCCUCCCUGCUGGACGCAGGAAGUUAGUCACCUGGCCAUCCAGAAACACAUGAACUCAAAGCUUCUGUGACUGUUUGCCAUUUUUUUUUUAAGUACUAACUAGUAUUUUGACCAAACUUGAGUCUCCAGAACUAAGCGAGCCCUCACCUUUCCUUAUUUUAGUUUACUCUAACUAGAUUCGAGGCAAACACAUCCUCCAGAGCCACGCAACUAGAACAUGCUUGCUUCCACUACGAAAUAUACAGGGUAUGUACAAACAUGGAGUUAACUGGAAUAGUAGUGUAGUGGCAAGUACUGAUGAAUUCCUAACCCCGAAGGGUUAACAAGUGCUUUGGUGAUAGCACCGAGUUAAUUGGAGAAAAUGGCAAAGAAAUAUGGGGUAGUCUUCAAUAACUUCAGUGGGAAGAAUCUUUUUCUAACUGGGAUUCAGUAGUAUCCUGUCUACUUAACAACCUCUGAGAAGGGAGGCGUGUUUUUAGUUAAAUAAUUUUAAAACAAGACAAGUUCCCAGUAGUAUAAAAUUGAAGCUAUUUAAUGCAAACAUUAUCUAGUUUUACAGAAAACUGAAAAUCGUAAUACUGUUGCUUUCUGUAAAUGUUGCAGGGUUUUAAACUUUACAGUUAUUUUAAUAUUUUUGAUAACUAGGAACCUAGUGUUGCCAUAAAGGAAACUAAGUGCCCAUUAAAGAUUUGUUUAGUAUAAAUAAGUAUCUUGCUUUGUUUUAAUGACAAUAGGCUACAAAUCAUGAUGCUAAUCUUAAAACCUUUCUAAAGAUGAAUGGUGAGGCAGUGGUUGUGUGUUUGUGGAGAAUGUAUGAAAGCUAUUUCCUGUUCUAGAGUAGACUAACACAUUGGCCAUGUUGUUCCAAUGAAUGUACAGCACUUCCAUUGACUUUUGAAAGGAACACAGCCUUAAACUCAGUGCUUUUGCUUUAUGACAUCGGAAUGUUCUGUCAUCAACAGAGUGUGUUCUUGUACUGGAAUUCCUUCUCUCAUUCUCAGUUCUGUCACCUUCCAAUCCUGUGUAUGAGUAGGAAGGCUUUUCUUUCGGCUUCUUUUUUUCUUGGGUUUUGUACAUUCCCUCUUCGUAGACCUGUUUGGUACGUUUUGUGUCUAGAACACUAAGUCAUGCGCUCUCUGACAUUGACACUGAUGUAUUCUCAUUAUUUGUUCUUUUAUGAAUCAAAUUGCUGACUGCCUAUUUAAAGAAAAGAAUGAACGCUGUGCAUCAAAGUGGGUGUUUGUAGCGACAUAUGUACCACAGUAUUUUGGAUGCUUUAGUCUACAAUAAAAACUUUAAAUUAAUUCUGUCUUGAAACGUAGGAGAAACAAGAUUCAUGUGUAUAUCUUUACCAUGCACAAAUUCUCAAAUCGUUAUA